ACGAGCGGUACGUGAAGGCGUCGUGAGCAUGCUGGCGCUAACAGCUGCAAAGGAAGUGCCGUUAUUCUCUGCCACGUCUGUAGGCUCCUGAAGCGGCGCAGCCUGCAGAGGCGGCAGGUCGGAGCACCGGGAUGAGCCGGUGCGGGGUGGUGGUGGGGGGAUGAGAGGGGGGCAGUGGGAGUGACCGAGGAAACGCGGAGGAGAGGAAGGAAAGAGGAAACACGUCGAGGCACAACACAGCGCUGAAAAGAGCUCCGGCUUCUAGGAGCCACCGCUGUCUUCUGGAGGAUCCUUUCCUGCAGGACGUCUAUUGUCCGGACAAAACCGCGGGGAAACCCAUGCUAAGCUCAGGGAGAAUGGAGGAAUUCGUAACCGAAGAGGAAGAGCCAUGGUACGACCAGCAGGACCUGGAGCAGGAUCUCCACUUGGCAGCAGAGCUGGGAAAGACUCUGUUGGAGAGGAACAAAGAGCUGGAGGACUCUCUGCAGCAAAUGUACAUCACCAAUGAAGAGCAAGUGCAAGAGAUUGAGUACUUGUCAAAGCAGUUGGAGGUUCUUCGGGACAUGAACGAGCAGCAUGCCAAAGUGUACGAGCAGCUGGAUGGGACUGCCAGAGAGCUGGAACGCACCAACCACACGCUGGUGAUGGACAGCAAGUCCUCGCAGCAAAAGAUCGAGAGGUUAACGGGGACUAUUGAGACUUUGCAGAACCAGGUGGAGUCUCUAUCAGGGCAGGUGGAGCAGCUUCGCUCCAUGGAGCAACUGCGGGUCAGGAGGGAGAAGAGAGAGCGACGCAAGACCAUCCACUCAUUCCCUUGCCUGAGGGAGCUUUGCACAGCACCCAGGUAUGAGGACGAGUUUGUAGUGGGCAGGGCUGAAAGUUUUACUAUGGAAGCCAAGCGUCAGCCAUUUGAAGAGGAGAACCAGCACCUGAGGGAAGCGGUGUCGGCUCUGAGAGCUGCUGUCCGGGCCGAGAGGAGCCGCAGGGAAGGGGUGGAGAGGGAGUGCAACCUCCUGAUAUCGGAGUUCUCCCGGCUGCAGACACGGGUGCAGGAUGCUGAGAGCUGCCAGGCGAGAGUGCGGGAGCUGGAGGUGGAGCUGCAGGAGCUUCAGCAGCUGCGCCGAGCUCGAACUUUCCUGCUGAGCGGUGAGGAUGAUGGCGUGGCUCUUACCCAGACUGUCCUCAGUAUCACCCCGGAGACCGACACGUUUUUGGAAGUGGAGGUCGGGGAGACGGGAGGAGGCGUCAGGGAGGAGACAGCAGGUGGAGGAGGUGUUGGAGGUGAGGCGUUACCUGAUUCCAGUCCUGUGAGGAAAAGCUGCAGCGACACGGCACUCAAUGCCAUCGUGGCCCGGGAUGCGUCCGGCAGAAGGAGAGGCAGCUAUGCUCUGCAUGCCAAUAGCGUGAGGAAAAGAGGGAUGUCCAUCCUAAGAGAGGUGGAUGAGCAGUACCACGCCCUGCUGGAGAAGUACGAGGAGCUGUUGGGGAAGUGUCGACGACACGAAGAGAGCCUGUGUCACGCCGGCGUCCAGACUUCCCGGCCCGUCUCCAGGGACCCGUCUAUGAAAGACUGUGCCAUGGGCCCCAUUGUGGCACCUCCCCCUACUCCCACCCAAUCGCCAUCCACCCCUGAAGCCAUCGAGAGCAUCAGCAAACAGGUGGAGGCGGUGGAUAAGCGGCUGGGUCAGAACACUCCAGAGUACAAAGCCCUUUUUAAGGAGAUCUUCUCUCGUAUCCAGAAGACUAAGAUGGACAUCAAAGCUACCAAAGCUGCGAAAGCUAGCAAACCUGGUAAAUCUGGUAAAUCUAGUAAACACUAAAUUUACACCGACUGGCUCUAGAGACGGUGACAUCAUUGCUUGUUCAGUGUUAGGUUGCGAAGGUGCCCGGUGCGAACAUUCUUAUAGAGGGUGCUACUUUUAAAACCACUAAAUUGAAUUGCGGUUCAGGUUGACUGAGGUCACGUCAGACUCUUGUGAUCGAGAGCUGAAACCUUCUCAUUUGCAUGCGAUCAAUCUGUAAAAGUUGGAGAAUUUAAGCAUAAAAACAUACAAACAUACACAAUUUCAUUUCAGCCUGGUCCAAAGUCUGUUCUGGCUUCACUGCCUUACUAACUAUACUUAAAACACUAUUACACAGCUUGUGAGCCUGACCAGUUGCUUUUAACAUAGAGAACUAAACUAGCAUUUCUGUGAUUAUAAUAGGACAAAGAUUGAUUCCUCACCUCACAAGCCAAGGAUGUCAAGGAUGACCUGGAGGUGCUACUUUUACUAAUAUCACUAGUCACAUUAACUCUAGUGAAGCAUUUUUGUCUGGAUGAGAUUCCUCCUUCCUGUGUGUGACCAUACUUUGGCUUAGUGGAAGUUUAUGGGGCUUCGCCUUCAAUAGUUUGAGAUUUUGGGAAAGUGAUAAAAAGAUACCAGUGCUGUGUUUGUAUGGUUAUUAUGAAGCCACUGCUCAUUUAACAUAAACACUAACCCGACUCUUGUUAUAACAAGUUGUGGGUUUUGGGGUCAUUUUUGUCCAGAAGCAGAAGUGUUGUGAAUGAAUAUAAUACAGAGAUUACUCACUGAUACUGGAUUAUUGUUGCUAAUACUAGGUAGUAAAAUAAUUAUCUUUAUACUGGGUGAUGUUCUUUAUUUUUCAGUCUUCUACAUUACUGAGUGUACUCAAAACCUAUAGCUGGCCACUUGCCUUGCUAGCAGGUCAAACAGCAGAGAUGAGCACUAGUGAAAUGACAGUUAUGUUGAAAGUGUUUGAAACGCUGACACUAUGUUAGUGUCAGCUGCGUCCAGCUGACACUAACAUAGCUGGUAGCUGCCAAAAUCCAUUUAUAUAAGAUAACAAAACAUUAAGUAGCCAUUUGGACAACACUGCAUAUAUCCACAGUUUUUAUAGCAUAGAUCAGCAUAUAUACAACUAGUACUUGUUAAAGAUUUCAUUUGAACAUGACACUUUACCAUGAAGUCGACUGAGCAAUUAGACGGUGCAGGUACUGCAGAUGGGGGUUUCUAGUAUGUGAUAAAACAUUAAAAUAAAAAGGGCCAGAAGGGUCCAAAAUUGAGGCUGCAAAAGCAAGUCAGUCCCCAUAAAGUCUGAUGGAAAAAUGCCCACCUCUGGAGGAAAUAAGCAUGUUUACAAUUUGGUACUGUAAUACAUUUUGGUAUUACACCUCUCUUAGUUUCUGUCAGACCCCCCAAACCUGAGCUAUUCCUCUAAUUCACUCCCUUCUGAUCCUGUCCCCUCCUGGUCACCUAAAUAAAAGCUCAGUAUCUUCAACUCUGCUACCUCCAGUACUGCUGCCUGUCUUUUUGUUAUCAGCCUUGCCUUUCACUGUUACUGCUAGCUUCCUGUCACAAAUCUACUCACUCCACCUUCCCUGCACGCUCUUUUUCUCCUCUCUUGUGCACUCUGUUGCUUUGGAUGACUUAAACUCAUCUACCUUCCAAACCCCUUGCAUCUUCACUGAUUCACCUGUCUCCCUUUCAUAAAAAAAUACCAUGACUUGCUGGUUGGUUAAAUUCACUAACAGCUUGUGCUCCUCCUUUGUUGAUUGAAGUGCUAGUAUUAUUAAUACUGUAUAUCUAACAAGACAGCAACAGCCAAAAAUGCUAAAGUCGAGGUUCAUAUGGAAUAUCAGUUCCCAACCAGCUGUUUGCAACAGUGCUUAAAAAGUACAUGCAGGAAAAUGAAAGACCUGGCAACCCUGGCUGCAGGCAGUGCUAAGAGCUUUUUCAGAGCCCAUUGCUUCCCCAGUAAUAUUUUUCUACCUAUGUUCUGUUUAAAAUUUUCAUAUUGGCACAAAUUUGACAACAAAAAUGCUAAUACCGACUUAUCUGUGAUAGGCCCAGUAAAUGCUACAAAGCUGCUGUCUUAGAGACGAGUUGCAAAAGGACAAUCUCUGCAGAUAGCUGUUUUCACUGUUUCCUGGGCAUUAUGAGCUUUCAUACAGAAUACAGUAAAUAUAAAGCAUGAGGAUUUUUGGUUGCUGGGGCAACCACUGAAUUAAGACGGCAUGAAGGUUUGUGAGGAAGUAGAUUUUAUAUAGUUAGUCAUUCACACUUAAUAGCAGAUGUGUAACCGGUAUAAGGCUUCAAACCAGGGCUUUUUCUAACACCUAGCAGUCUUACCAAACUAUAAAGCUAACCUGCAACAUAUUGCACCUUUUUCACAAUAUACAAUAACUAUGCCUUUUUUCUUGGUAACCUCCUAUAUGUAAACCUUUGUUAUAAUGAAUGUUAUUACGGUUAAAUAUUUUAUACACAGCUCUUCAGCGUUGUAGAGGUCAAAUAGACACAGCUAACACCGGAGGGAUCCUAAACUCGUGUUUAAGGCUUAUGUGUGUUUUCAGGAAGAAAAAGCACUGUGGAUGAUGGUUUUUGUGUGCAACCCAGAAAAUAGUUAGUGAACAAACUGUGGUGCGUUUGAGGUUGGCGCUCGUGUCAUUUCGAAUGAUCCAAGCGCAAUGAGAGAACACGUGUUAGCAAUGCCAAACCAGAGCCUUUUAUUAUUCUACCAAGGUUCAUGGGGUUUCUGUACUGUAAUGUCUUACCUAUUGCACUUAAAAUGUCUGACGUCUCAUCUUUUCGUAUUUAGAAUAGCUAACAUUAAAACUGUACCUGUAUUUUGAUUUUUGUGUGAAUUUUUAAAUUUUUCUUGUUUUUUCUUUCUUUUCUUUUUUUACUUUUCAGUGCCGAUAUGUGAAUGUUGAUAACAUACUGUCAGAAUAAAUUUAUUUAAUUUGCUUUACUUUUAUUAUCCAGUUGAAAAUUGUGCAUUAUUACUUCAUAAGACAUUUGCAUUAAUGUUUAGUCUAAUCUGGUAUUAGUUCCUAUUAUUACUGAACUAAGACUUACUUUACC